CGCCCUCAAUCGCGCGUCUCACUCACACACUUUCCACCUACAGAGAACCCGACCACCAAGGAAUACCUUGUCGCCCCAACCGCGAUGUUUCUUAUCUUGGUCUGUACACAGUUACCUGGUCGCGGUGGAAUUCUUCAAGAUCCUCCCUACUGCCCACGUUGCUGAGAGUCCGGAUUUAUCAUCACUUCUGGUGGGACUCGGUCCUCCCCUCCUGGGGCCACCACAAGGAGGCAGUGAGACACAUCUCCCCAGGAAAGAUCAUCGCUAGCCCCUCCCGAAGGAGAAUGGGGUCCCGGACGAACCCCCAAAUGUGUCGGAAACUAGCGCUGGGGUAACCAAAAGAAACCCGCACUUGGCAAAAUUCUCAGGAAGGUACCGUGACUUGUGCAGAAGGGUGCCUCCUGCCUCCGACGCAGUCGCAAGCGCAUGCGGAACAAAGGAGGGAAGGCGUUUUUCAUCCGCACGCAAUUCCUGUUUCUGUGUCCUUCCCCUAUUGGCUGCGGUUGGACCACACAAUCUAAGCUGAUCCCGAUUGGCUAAGACUUAAACUUUUCCAAACAGGGUAAACCCGCGAUUUGCGAAAAACAGACUAGGGGGAGGAUUGAUUUACAGCUUAUGACCAGAAAAUUGAGUCUUUAAGAGGAAUUUAGGUGUCCCAACAGAAAGGACCCUGUUGUGGAACGGGACAGCGAAGCUUUCCCCAUGGAGCCCACCCAGCCUGCAGAGGACCUCAUCCUGGCGCAGCAGCCCCCUGCCUCAGAACUUGGGGAACCUGAAGACCCGGGAGAGGAGGCCACAGAUGGCUCAGAGACUGUGGUGCUCAGUCUCUUCCCCUGCACCCCUGAGCCUGUGAAUCCUGAACCAGAUGCCAGCGUUUCCUCUCCACAGGCAGGCAGCUCCCUGAAGCACUCCACCACUCUCACCAACCGGCAGCGGGGGAACGAGGUGUCGGCUCUGCCGGCCACCCUAGACUCCCUGUCCAUCCACCAGCUUGCAGCGCAGGGGGAGCUGGACCAGCUGAAGGAGCAUCUGCGGAAAGGUGACAACCUCGUCAACAAGCCGGACGAGCGUGGCUUCACCCCCCUCAUCUGGGCCUCAGCAUUUGGAGAGAUCGAGACUGUUCGUUUCCUGCUGGAUUGGGGUGCCGACCCCCACAUUCUGGCCAAAGAGCGAGAGAGCGCCCUGUCACUGGCCAGCACAGGCGGCUACACAGACAUCGUGGGACUGCUGCUGGAGCGGGACGUGGACAUCAACAUCUACGAUUGGAAUGGAGGGACGCCACUGCUGUACGCUGUGCGUGGGAACCAUGUGAAAUGUGUUGAGGCCUUGCUGGCCCGAGGUGCUGACCUCACCACCGAAGCCGACUCUGGCUACACCCCGAUGGACCUCGCUGUGGCCCUGGGAUACCGGAAAGGACUCAACUUUCCCAUCCAUAAAAUAGGGAAAUCCCAAUCGAACCGACCCCCUGGGGUCAUGGUGGCGAUAAAGGGCUUCGGAAGGCCCCCUCCUUCCUUUGGAGUUUUACUGUUUGAAGUAAUUCCUCGUCCUUCCUAUUUUGCGGAGUGCAACAGGUGAUCGAGAACCACAUCCUCAAGCUCUUCCAGAGCAACCUGGUGCCCGCUGACCCUGAGUGAAGGCCGCCCGAGGGGGAUCAGACACUCAGGGAACAAAACGGUCAGCCAGAGCUGGGAAAACCCAGAACUGGCUUCAAUGGCAGCUCCUGGACAGGCGGUGGGAGGGGACCCUUCCUUAGAGGAACCAAUAAACCUUCUGUGCAGAA